AUGGAUUCGAUGAUUAGGAGAACCUUCUCGGUGGGGUCGGAUACAAGAAAUGGUGGGAGCUCUGCCUCUUCGCUCUCACCAACGACUGUGGUGACACCCGCACAGGCCACCAACAACUUCGUUGGGCGACGGCGUAGCGCGAGCGAGAGCGGAGGCGAGUGGCGGGUCGCCAUUAGCGCCACCCAUCGCCGCCAGACCAGCCCCGACCAAUGGACCCUCUACUUUGAGGUGGCGGUGGAGAACGAAAAAUAUACAUGGAGCGUGUUGAAGAGCGAGCGCCAGUUCGAGGAUCUGCAAGCCCUGUUUCUGAGGGAAGAUGGAAGGCGUAGUCUGCGUAAGUGUGCGCGAGGGGCCAGCACCUACAUGCAGGCCUUCGAAGUGCUCGACCCCUUCUUCGUGGAGACCAGGUCGAUAUCUUCAUCUACGGCGUCGGCCCUUUGGUCCUUCUUGGAUCCCGCCUACGAGAGGGCCAUGAGCUUUCUCGAUUCCUACCAGAAGGAGGGUCCCAUCCAGUUCUUCAAGAAGUCGGGCAAGUGGAAAGCCCUCUGGGUGUACCUCAAGAACGGCUUCCUCUGCCUAACCAAGAUGCAGGGCGACAAGCGGUGUAAGAAGUUCAUCCCCGUGCACCACUCGGUGCUCGCCGCCGCCGCGAGCCAAGACCUCGCGGGCAAGUUCGGCAUCGCCCUCACCACCGGCACCUCCCUCCAAAAGUGCUAUCGCUUCGCGUUCAACACAUCGGCCGAGCGCAAGUCGUGGAUGGUGGCCAUCUUCGAGGUGCAGACGCGCUUCUUCGAGUUCAACCCCUUCCGCGAGCCGACCGGUGACGAGCAGGACGAGUCCAACGACACCCCCACCGGCCCCUCCCUCCCCGGUGGCGCCGCCGCCAGCGGGCGCAGCCCCACCCUCUCCCAGUCCGAUCCACAGUUCUCCCGCUCCCUGCCCGCGCUCCACCUGCGGCCCACGGCCCACUCCGCCUCGUCGUCGCCUUCGCCGUCGUCCACCUCCCUGCGCGCGCCAUCGCCCAUCUCGACGUCGGCGUCGGCGUCGACGCAAAGCACUCACCGACCGGUGGCGUCGGCGUCGUAUCGCGGGGGCGUCGUGGGCCAGGCGGCGACCAUGCGAUCGCCACCGGUGGCGCCCGCUCGCUCGGCCCGCGGCCCUUCACCUUCUUCUUCCGUCUCGGCCAUCGCCGGUCGCUUCAGUCCACAGCCCGGGUCGACCACAAAUCAGCCUCACGUGCCCGCGGCGACCCUGCGCCCGGCCACGGCCCAGCCCGCCGCGGCCCUGCCUCAGGCCCCGGCCGCCCAGCAGCGAUCAUCACCGCAGCCGAUCGUUGGCACCAAUCAGGUCAGAUCGACGCUGCUGGCCGCGCAGCAGCAGCAGCAGGGACCAGGGCAGGUGGUCAGCCGGUCGCCGCCGCGCUCCGGGCGCGCGGGCACCAAGCGACUGCCUCCGCCGCCCGGUCCGGUGAGCAGCCUCGCAUGCAAGCACCCCUCCCAGCGCUUCACGCCCGAGGAGAUGAGCCUCCUCUGGGACGCGCUCGAGGGCGAACAGAAGGAGAUGAUCUACGACGCACGCUCGCAGGACUCGCGCACGCUCGAGGGUCGAUUGAAGAUGCAGGGGAGAAAGCUGAAGCGGUGGAAGGAGUACCUCUUCCGAAUGGACCGCGCGGGAGCCAUCACCUACAACCCGCCCGCCGGUCCCAUCAAAGACAAGCGGCGAAUUCCUCUUCGGGGCGCGUCCGUCAUCGAAGCCGAGGCCGAGGGAGUCUAUGCGUGGAGCGUGGUCACGCCCAGCAGGCAAUUCACCAUCGGCGCCGAUACGGAAGCUGCCAAGAUCGAAUGGAUGCGCGCCACUCAGGACGCCAUCAACCAGGUCAUGCUGGUCGAACGGGAGGGACUGCUUCAGCGCAACUCUGCCCAGAACGAGAUCAAGGAUGUCUCCUCGCGGUCGGCUGUGGCCGACUAUCCAAAGGCCGCGAGCGGCGACGCGCAGAUGGUCAAGGCCGCAACCCUCGAGGCGCUGCUCAAGCACCUCUUCUCGCCCGAGUGCGAUCUCAUCUUCUUCAAAACGUUCCUCCUCACCUACCGCUCCUUCACCAAGCCCGAGAGCUUCUUCGAGACCCUCAAGCGCUGCUUUGCGACGGGCAAAGUUGAGGUGUCGUCGACAUCGUCGGCGUCUUCGCCUGCGGCGUCAACGUCGCCACAGUCGGGCCUGCGAAACGGAUCCUUCUCGGGAGGAAUCGCCGCCAAGUUCCCGCCCGCCACCAGCCCGCAGGCCCUCGCCCUCGUCUCGCCUCGGGAGACGGCGUCAAACCGGCCCAGAGGAGGCACGGCCUCGGCGGCGGAGAAGAAGGGGAAGAAUGACGAGCUGCUGGGCAUGCAGCAACGGGUCUGCGUCGUGCUCAAGCAGUGGAUCGCCGUCGGCUAUGCCGACUUCUCCGUGAAAAUGAAAUCGGCGAUGAUGGCGUUUGUGGAGGGGCAGCUCACGAGCGACUAUGCGCUGGUCAAGGAGACCAAGGAGCUGCGCGCGGUGCUUCAGUACCAGAUGGGCAACGAAGCCGCCCGCAAUUCGCUCUUCAUCGCCGAGAAGCGGCAGUUCUCGGACAUGUCGGCCGAGGUGGUCGCCCAGCAUCUGACGCUCAUUCAGUUCGAAUACUUCAGACGCAUUCGGGCCCACGAGUUUUUGAAUCAGGCGUGGAACAAGCCGCCGAUGAAGACCAUCUGCGCCAAUCUGCUCAGCUCGAUCGAUCACUUCAACGAGGUGAGCCAAUGGGUGGUGCACACAAUUCUGUGCGAAACGGCGCUCGCCGAACGCGCCAAGCUCCUCUCCAAGAUGAUCCAAAUCGCUGAGCUGCUGCUGAAGUACAACAACUUCUGCGGGGUGAUGGCGUUCGUGGCUGCGUUCCAUUCGGCCGCCGUUUCCCGUCUCAAGCGCACCUGGGAGAAGGUGUCCUCUUCACAGCGCAAGGUGGUGGACAAGUUGACGGAGAUCUUCUCGCCCACGCAAUCCUUCAAGAACUACCGCGCAGCGAUCCGCAGCGCCAAGCGCCCGGGCUGUCCCUACGUAGGCACGUUCCUGAUGGACCUGGUGUACCUCGAGGAGGUCAACCCGGACACGAUCAUGAGCGGCACGCGCGAGCUCAUCAACUUUGCCAAGCGACGCGCCAUCUACGAGGUCAUCUCCCAAGUGCUCUACUUCCGCGACGAGCCCUACUCCUUCAAGGUGGACCAAGCGGUGGGUGAUUCGUUGGCGAGCAUGCUGGCAUCGAGCGAGGUGGUGCGCGACCCGGAGCGGCUGUCCGAGAUCAGUCGUCAGAUCGAACCCAAGGAACAGCAAGGGCGACCCUGA